AACUAGCGAAAAAAAAUUCUUUCUUCUUCGUCACUCCUCAGCUCCGGCUCCUCCCCGCGAAUCCGCGACGCUUUCUCCACUACUCCUCUAAAGUCUAAAACUCUAAACCCCUCCUAAAACCCUAGCUCUCCUACGCGCCCGCCUCUCCGAUGGACUCCUCGGCGCGAUCGGGCGCCGGGGGCACCGGCGGAUACUCCAGCACUCGCCUAUGGAUCGUGGCAGGCGUCGCUGUGGCCGGCGUCAUCGUCCUCGUGGAGGCCGCGCGGCGCAGCCGCCGGUGGCUGCGGGCGAGGUCCGAUGUUCCCCCCGAUUUCGGCGCCUUCUGCGAACGCCACGAGCUCGUUCCGGCGCCGCAGCCUCCGCCUCCCGCCGCGCGCCAGCUACUCUCGGGCCUCACAUUCGCGGCCAGCGACAGCUUCGACAUCGAGGGCUGUGUUGCUGGGUUUGGGAAUCCGGACUGGAAGAGAACUCACAAGGCAGCCACGCGCACGGCGGUUGCUGUCACGAUGCUGCGGAAGCAGGGGGGCACCUACGUCGGUAGCACAGUAAUGGAUGAACUCGGAUUUGGUGUUACUGGAGGAAAUUUACACUAUGGAACACCAAUCAACCCAGCAUCUCCAUCACUGUUCCCUGGUGGAUCAUGCAGUGGCUCUGCUGUGGCAGUUUCUGCACAACUUGUCGACUUUGCUCUUGGUACUGAUACAACUGGUGAUGUAAGAAUUCCAGCAUGUUUCUGCGGUGUACUUUGUUUCAAGUCCUCUCAUGGGGUUGUAUCUACUCUUGGCACCAUUCCAAACUCUCAAAGUUUAGAUGCAAUUGGAUGGUUUGCACGAGAUCCAAGUGUUUUGCAUCGUGUUGGAGAUGUUCUUUUACCGGCUGCUACAGGUGGUCUUAUUCAGACAAAGCAGUUAUUUUUUGCUGAUGAUUGCUUUCAGUUGCUGAAGGUCCCCAACGAGAAAACAAUAAAUGUCAUAGAAAAUGCUAUUCAUACAUUACCGGGAUACCAGCCACCUAAGCACAUCAAUAUUGGUCAGUAUAUCAGUUCACAUGUACCUAGCCUGAAGGAUUUUUGUGAACCCACUAUGAAGAUGCUAGAAGGAAUGUCAGCCUUGAAAGCACUCUCAACAGUUAUGCUGUUAUUACAUAGAUAUGAAUUCAAGACAAAUCACGAGGAUUGGGUUAAUACUGUAAAACCCAAGCUUGGCCUUGAUAUAUCUACUCGCGUGCUACAAGCUGUUAAUUUCACAAGUGAUAACAUCAAAUCUUUAUACAUUGUAAGGAAUGAAUUGCGAGCUGCACUCAAGAAUCUUUUAAAGGAUACUGGAAUUUUAGUUCUGCCAACCACAGCUGGAUAUCCUUUGAAGAGAAAUGCAAAGCAAAGAUUCUCAUCUGGGUUUGAAGAUAGAAUAUGUGCAUUUGCAGGCAUCGCUACACUUUCAGGCUGCUGUCAGGCUGUGAUUCCCUUAGGAAAUCACGAUGACCAUCCUAUAUCUCUUUCAUUUGUAGCAGCACAUGGAUCAGACAAAUUUCUUCUUCGCAAUGUCUUGUAUAUGUAUUCUUCCAUCAGAGAACAAGUGGUUUUGGCAUCCCAGUUGGUAACUGCACCAGUAAUCAAUAGAGAUGCUGAUUUUGGUGCAGCAGAAUUGUUGAAAGAAAAGGGAAAUAGUGCUUUCAAAGGAAGACAAUGGAGCAAGGCGGUUGAAUUUUAUUCUGAUGCCAUCAAAUUGAAUGACACAAAUGCCACAUAUUACUGCAAUAGAGCAGCUGCAUAUCUGGAACUUGGCCGUUAUAAGCAAGCUGAAGCAGACUGUGACCAGGCCUUACUCUUGGAUAAAAAGAAUGUUAAAGCAUAUCUACGACGAGGUAUCGCAAGAGAAGCUGUUCUGAAUAACCAAGAAGCUCUUCAAGAUAUCAGGCGUGCUUUAGCUUUGGAGCCACAGAAUAAAUCGGGUCUUUUAGCAGAGAGAAGGCUACAGAAAAAACUCAGGUGUCAGUUGUCACACUGUCACUCGUUGGAGCCUUGGAAUUCUUUUCUUUUCUUUUUUCCUCUUCUCUCGCUGGCUCUGGCUGUGAGAAUGGACACGCUGCAGCAGCGCAGGAACCAGCUCCGGAUGCCCAUGGACCCGCUCGCCUCCUUCGCCGCGAGCUUCUUCUCGGCGCUGUCGCCGCCAUCGGCCGCGGCGGCGGCGGCGGCGGGGGAUCGCUCCACGGUGCUCCUCCUGCCGCUCCCCGUCGCGGCGGCGCGGGUCCUGGCCGUGCUCCGCAGGCUCCUGCUCCUCGCCACGCAGUCCUUCAUCUCCCUCUUCUUCAUGUUCCUCAGCGUGCUGUCCCCGCCGCCGCCGCCCGCGCUCGCGCCCACGCUGCCGCGCGCCGACCCGGGGUGCCCCGCGGCGGCCACCUGCGUCGGCCGCGCCCUCGCGCACGUGCUCUCCGUGGCGUCGCGGCUCCCCGUCGCCUCCCGCAAGUACGAGCUCGUGCGGGCGCUCGCGGAGCGGCUUGUUGACGACAACGUGCGCGCCGGCGGGGCGCGGGUCGGGGCCGUGAACCGCGCGGCGCUAUCGGGGGCGUUCGCGCGCACGCUGCGGCAGCUGGACGCGGCGGCGGGAGGGGAGUGGCCAGGGAUGGAGCUGGCCGUGCGCGCCGUGCGCUCCGGCAUGCGGUGGUGGAGGCCGACCGCCACCGCUCUGGACGAGGGGUUCGGCGGGCCCCACGCCGAGAAGCUGGCCGCCGAGCUGCUCUGGCUCGGGCAGAAGAUGGCCGAGUGCGGCGCCGCCCGGGAGGCCGCCGCGCAGUUCGGCGCCGCGUCGCGUCUGGGUAGCCGCGCGCUCGUCGCCGACCCGACGCUCCAGGUCGCGUUGCUUCGGCUCGCUGUGUUCCUGUUCAAGCACGCCAACUCGAGGGAAUUCGAGCUGUGCCCCGGAGGGAACGAGGAGAAGGGCGCCAUCGCCGAGCAGCGGGUAUCGCUGCUGCGGUCGUGGCUGCCGCUGCUCUGCCGCGGCAGCAACGGCACGGACGCGCCGGUGCUGAGCUGCAAGGAGAGGACGGAGAUGGUGGCCGUGCUGGAUGAUCUGAUCGGGAAGCUGCCCUGGGAGCAGCAGGAGGAGGUCCUGGCGCUGUGGCUGCACCACUUCGCCGCUUGCCCGGACACCGACUGGCCCAACCUCGAGAGCUGCUACACGCGCUGGUACGCCGAGUCGCGCAGGUUGCUCGAGUAGAGUACCCACACACGCGCGGAGCGUGCACAGCAUAGCAAAUUACUUGUAUCAU